AUGUCACGAGGCGAGCUGUCAGAGCAGGCAUCUGCCCACGAAUAUCCCGCUGGUCACCUUCACCAUCUAUCGGCCAGCCAGAUAAAAGCACUAGAAGAUUUCAAGGCCAUCUGCGAAGAAGAAGGAUGCUACAAGCCUGGAAACAAGAGCGAGCAGCCAAGUCACGAUGAUGAGACGCUGCUACGGUUCUCGAGAGCUCGCAGAUUUGUGCCUGGCGAUGCACUGGCCCAAUUCCAGGCUACGGAAGAUUGGCGAAAGGAGCAGGAUAUUGAGAAUUGGUACAACACGAUCGACAUCGACGAGUACGAGGCGACUAGAGUACUGUACACACACUGGACCGGGCGACGUGACAAAAUGGGCAUCCCGCUGUACGUCUUCAAUAUUGGAGGCCUCGAUUCGAAGAAGCUAUCAGAGACGGAAACAUUUACAAAGUCUGAAGCACACGGAGGUCUCUCGCCCAAGCUUCGUCGGCUUUUCGCGACCUACGAGCAUCUUACCAACUUCGUAUUUCCCUUGUGCUCAUCAGUGCCUUCGAGGAAGCACCCCGAAACGCCCAUCUCUCAGACUUGCAACAUUGUCGACAUCUCCGGGGUGAGCAUCCGCCAGUUCUGGAGUCUGAAGAAGCACCUGCAAGAUGCGGGUGCUCUAGCAACUGCUCACUACCCGGAAACGCUAGGCAAAACAUUCAUCGUCGGCGCACCGUCAUUCUUUCCGACAGUCUGGAACUGGAUCAAACAAUGGUUCGAUCCAAUCACAGUCUCGACGAUUUUCAUUCUGUCAGAAGCCCAAGUCAAACCGACUCUGGAGAAAUUCGUUGAUUCCUCCGAGAUUCCCAAACGCUACGGUGGUACGCUUGAUUGGGAGUUUGGGGAUCUGCCUUUGAUCGACUCGGAGCUUUUGGGGUUGAUGAAUAUGGAGGACGGGAUACCGACCAUCUUGCCUGGCCCUAUCAGAUGGAGAAAGAGUGCGGAUGGCACAAGGGUGGAGGCACAUGCUCUUGGCUCUUCCUCAGGCCAACAGAGGGACGAAGUCAUUGCGCAUAUGCCCAGCGAGGUCUUUUCCAAGAGUCUUUUCGUCCUCGAGUAA